GUUAAAAUUGGACCACCAAUAAAACUCCUGUAAAGUGAGUUUGAGUUCAUCAUUCAUGAUGUCUGGGACUAUAAGUAGUAGAAUGCCCAGAAAUAACAACAAAAUGAAAGUAGACAUCCGCAGCAUCAGUGAAGAACUCUCGAAUUUCGACAAACUUCGCAUAACUGCAUUGACCAAAGCUGCUGAAAUCAGCUCCGUCGUCAAAGAUGUAACAAUAGGACCGAAUAGUCCGGUAAAGAAAGAAGUAGUUUAUAAAGACCCAACUUUAGUGAACCCGCCACCAAAGAAAACCGAAGUGAAAGAAAAUCUAAAUGAAGAUACACUUGGAGUAGACCUACGGUAUGUAAUCAAAAUGAAACAGUAUGAGAGACAGAUGCAAGAGGCAUCAGAUUUGUUAUUCAAAAACUUGGUCGAGAAUAUGAUUGCCAAAAGAGCUGAAACAAUGAGAACAUUUUGGAAAAAGCAAAGUCAAGAAUGUGAAAAGAAAACACAAGAAUUAAGAGCCCGUAAGCUACAAAUGCUAAAAGAAUUACAAGAAAAUGAUAAUUUAUCAGUAUUAGAAAAGGCUAAAUUGGACGAGAAGAAUAGUCAAAUUAUAAAUAAACAAACAAUUGAAACUAUGAAUCAGAUAUUAGAAGAACAAAAUAAAGCAACUGCUAGGUUUGCUGCUAUCACAGACAGUCACACUAAAGUGUGCUAUUGUUAUAAUGAAAUAAAUGAUCUGUUGCAAUCCAACCCUGGUGCUAAGAAGGUAUGUGAAAAGUACAUGGUUUCACUAAACACAGUAAAGGGAAAUAUAAAUUCCAUCUUGGAUAUGUGUAAAACUGGACAAAUCACUGAUAAGGAGGUCAAACAGGCUGAAAUUCUUGCCAUGAAUAUAGAAAACGUUAAGAAGAAAUUAAUAGAAGAUAUUGAUGAACUGAAACAACUUGAAUUAAUGAAGAAAAAGGAAGAAGAAGAACAAAAUCGCAAGAAGCAGCUUCAAUUGGAAGAACAGAAAGCCAAGGAGGCCGAGGCAUUGCUGGAGCAAGAGAAACAGAAGGCUGCUGCACUGCAAACUCAGAAAACAACUAAACCAACAUUUUAUUCCGCUACAAACUACAGUUACUAUGAGGAACUAAAACAAUUUCUGGUCCACUAUGAAACCCUUUACAAGGAUCUAUUGGAAGACACAAAUCUAAAGAAGUUCAGAUUUGACUGCCAAAAGGCUGUAAACACACCAGUGAAUGCUGUCUCAUCUGUGAGUGGUCCUCACAUGAGGGAUAAGUAUGACAAACUGUCUAAAUUGUUGAGAGGAGAAAGAGUACAGGUGCUGGACAUAUUUGUGCAGGCCACUCAGCACCCACAAGGCUUGUUUUAUGUGACAGCCCUGCUUGCCAAAAAGAUAGUGAGACAAGGAGAUUUACUGGUGUCCAGCAACCCGGAGGCUGCCUUUCCGCUGGCCUCAGUGACUGUGGCUCUGCUGGCACAGUUCCCAGAAUUUGGCAAGUUGUUGGAGGCAUACUUCCAUAGGGAAUGUCCCUACUUAGUGCCCAUGUUCUUGCCACAGAAACAAGGUCAAACUGACAAGGAGUUCUACAUGUCCCGGGGCUACACCUACAAUGACGAGGGUGUUGUGGAGAAGCAAGACAAGUUCCUCAAGAGGAUGUCAGGAAUAUUUCGACUUAAAUGUGCAAUUUGGAUUGCACAAACACCCAGAUUUGUAAAUGCACCAAAUCCACAUGGAUUGAAAGAUGGCUGGAAGUGGCUAGCAUCAUUCAUCAACUUGAGACCAGAGCCGGACAUCAGUGCUACAUUGAUUCACGAUUUCUUUGCAGUCUGUGGAUCAGAAUUCCUAAAGUGUUACGGCAGGCAAUUCACUAAAAUAAUUAAGGUUAUAAGUACUGAUUACCUGAAGAUUUUGGAGAAUAUUGACGAAGGUGGACCUAAGACUCGAUUAGAGGUUUUCCUGCAGAAUGUGUUGAAGACAGGACACAUCCCACCACCGAGUGGUCUGCUGCCAGCUAACACAUGGUAGUCUUUGAUGUUUUGAUUUAAUUUUUUUCCAUAAAAUGGUUAGUGGCUUAAAUUUCCCAGCACAAGAAAAUUAUGUUUUAUUAUUUACCAUCAGUUUUUUCAGUUUAGUAUUCUUUACUGUAAGAAUCUCACUCUGAAAAUGUAAUCUAAGUUCAUUUUAUGGUCAUAGGAAAGUCAAAGAUGUUAGGUAUUGAAGAUUAAACUACAGUUGACGAAAAAUUUGGGCAGUUAUUUGAUCUGCAUUAUCAAUGACAUUUUAAUAAUAUCUGUAAAUGAAUACCUAUAGGGAUUUUAAAUUAAAAUGGUAUGGUAGGACAUGAACUUUGUGAUUCUUGAUAGUGGAUUAGGAAACAAUUUUAUUUUAAUGUAAGCUAUCUACUUAAGUAUUUCCAUAGUAUAAUAAGAGAUGCAUGUUGAUUAUCCGACUACAAAAAAGAGGGCGGUUCUAUGUUUUUUUGUGAUAAAGAUUGUUUACUGAGUUAUGUUAUAAGAACAUUGAAGACAUUGUUAUAAAUGUACUUAUUUGUUUCUAAUAAAUGCAAGUUUUGAUUUA